AUGUUUUCUGGACUUUCGAUGACUGAGUAUGGUGAUGCCCCCCCCCCAUCGAAUUUCCUGAAAGAAGCACCAGUCUGGAUAUGGAUUCACAAGAUUCUAGUGAACUAUUUCACUCUGAAUACGAUCAAAGCAAUUGGAAAAGGGAUUAGGCACGUCAAAGAAGUUGCUUACGAUCCAGAGAAACCUCACCUACAAGAUUACCUACAAGAUUACGUGAGGGUUUUAGUGGUAAUCAACUUGGAUCAACCAGUACGAGACACAAAGGUGAUCAAUAUCUCAAGAGGCCAAACCGCAACGGUUGAUGUUGAGUACGAGCGGAUUCGGAAGAAGUGUUUUCAUUGUUUGCGCCUGACUCAGGAUAAACAGAGAUGUCCACUGUUUCAGGGUAAAAAACAGACCAUGAUCAAAGAGAAUGAAAAGACAUCGCAAUUGUUUAAUCAUAGAAAGAAUACUCCAAAGGUUCAUACGAACUUAGCUGAGAAGUUGAUGCCUUUAUUGGCUCCAAAGGUUCCUCAUGGGUUCGAGCCAUCAUCAUCGGUGGUUCCUAAAGUUUUUCAACAAAUAAAAAUUUAUAUGUCUUGCUUAGAUCCGCAAGAAAGACGUAUAAGAGAACAACUAAUGAUUCAGACUUUAAAUGAACUCUCCAAGGAUCUCAUUGCUCAAAGUUCGCGCUUGAGGUUGGAAGCUCCACCUUUGGUUAGCUCAAAUUUGAACAAAGAUAAAGGAAAAGUCUACGAUUUUAGCAAGACACAGCUAGUGAAUAGUCAAGGAACACAUAAUGCAGAGCUUACUACCAAGGGGGCUGAAGUAUUAAGUACGGAAGAGGGAUACAACAUUCAGAAGGCAGCACUAACCUCUCUCACAAGACCAGAGCUGACAAUACAGAAGGUGCAUCAACAACAAGAAGGUAGUGGUAAAUUUAUACCAGAAGCAGAUAAUCUUGUUUUCAAUAUGGGAGUGACAGAGGCUAGUUCUUCUGGUAUCAGUGGUCGGAGUAUAAAUAUACAACAGAGGACCUCGUCAUGGUCUAGGAAGAAGAGGAAUAUCAGUGGUAGACAAAGAGCUCAACAAACACAAGAGAAUGAAGAUGGAGACACUAAUGCUUAA